GGCGCGGCGGGGCGGGGGCCUCUCGCCCGCCUGCCUGAGGCUUGCAUUAUCCUUCAGUUUCAGGAAGGGAGAAACUGAAACGCCCUGAAAAGCACAUCUGAUUUGUGUGGGGAAUCCGAGAACCUGUAUGGAGACUUCACAGCAUGCCACUGCUUUCUUUGUACAGAGCCUGGAACUGAAAGGUGACAUUCUGACAUCUAGGAGCAUCACAAACCUGGAAUGACUGGAGAGAAGCUGCUUUGGUUGACAGUCCGUACUCCUGCGUGGUUGUUAAAAGGUGACAGCACUUCCAAUCCGGGCACUUAAGAUACGUGGGCUGGGUCUUGGUCCACUCUGCAUUUUUGAGGUAGAUCUGGGGCAUACCACCUCUCCUUCUCAACUUCAGGGAGUCAUGGAGGACAAACGCAACAUCCCCAUCAUUGAGUGGGAGCAUCUGGACAAGAGGAAGUUUUAUGUAUUUGGGAUUUGCAUGACUAUGAUGAUCCGGGUGAGCGUUUACCCUUUCACGCUCAUCCGGACACGGUUACAAGUCCAGAAGGGCAAGAGCCUCUACAACGGGACCUUUGAUGCCUUUGUGAAAAUUCUGCGGACAGAAGGGACAGCUGGGCUCUACCGUGGCUUUUUGGUCAACACUUUCACGCUGAUCUCUGGCCAGUGCUAUGUGACAACGUACGAGCUCACUCGGAAGUAUGUGUCACGGUACAACAACAACAACGCUGUAAAGUCUCUGGUGGCAGGUGGCUCAGCCUCCUUAGUGGCCCAGAGCAUCACGGUACCCAUCGACGUGGUCUCCCAGCACCUCAUGAUGCAGAGGAAGGGGGAAAGCAUGGGCAGGUUCAAGGUGCAGAACCAAGAUGGCAAGCGGAUGUUGGUCUUUGGCCAAACCAAGGACAUCAUUGUACAGAUUUUCAAGGCUGAUGGCUUCAGAGGCUUCUACAGGGGCUAUGUAGCCUCUCUGCUCACCUAUAUUCCCAACAGUGCAGUCUGGUGGCCCUUCUACCACUUCUAUGCCGAACAGCUUUCUAGCUUGACUCCUAAAGACUGUCCUCAUCUCCUCCUGCAAGCUAUAUCAGGGCCACUUGCGGCUGCUACAGCUUCUACGCUCACCAACCCCAUGGAUGUCAUCAGGGCUCGGGUGCAGGUGGAAGGCAAGAGCUCCAUCAUCCUCACCUUCAAACAGCUCAUAGCAGAAGAAGGUCCCUGGGGCCUGACAAAAGGCCUCUCUGCUCGCAUCAUCUCAGCCACUCCCUCCACCAUCGUCAUCGUGGUGGGAUAUGAAACUCUGAAGAAGCUGAGCCUCCGCCCAGAGCUGGUGGAUUCGAGACACUGGUAGAGGCAGCUGGUGGGAGAGAAACCUUCUUUUGAUCCUUCUGGAUUUGGACCGUCACGGUUGAAAGCUCAGGAGGAGAGGCAAGGCAGCUGGAGUCUCCUUUGUCUCUAGCUAACAGGGAGCAGGUUUCACGGUACAAAGCAGAAGCAAGAGCAACAGCAGUUCACCUCUUUAGAUCUGACUGCAAUACAACGCUCUGCUGCUGUUUCUGGUUAAAAUCAUCAAAAAUGUGACCUUUGGCAAUGCUCUUUGCCUGUGACGGUUCCUUCAAGAGCAGCCAGGUGUGUGAAUGAAUCCUGGCAAGUUCUUAGUUCUCUCUCUCUCUCUUUUUUUUUUUUUUUAAUUAAAGACUUACCAGUUGGAGCAAAAAGCCAGUUUAAAUUAUUUUAAUGUUUGCCAAACUUCUAAGCAGGGCCAUCUAACAGACUGCAGCAGAGCCCUCUGGUGGUUUGUGUGCUGACUGCAAUUGUACUGUGCGAAGGUGGAAAAAUAGUAUAGACAAUUUUCCCAAUCACUCACUUUUAUUUCUAGAAGACGUGAGAAGACAGUAACAUGGAGCCACUUAAGACCUUAUUUACUGCCUUUGGAAUAGCUCUGUACAUACCUUUUUUUGUAUAUUCUUGGAAAAUGUUUCCUAUCUCUCAUCCUUCAAACAGCAAACCAGUUGUUAGGCAAGUUAAUAAUCGCGUUGGCUGUCUGUAACUAGUUGAUGGCAAUUUUGACACCUAACAUAUGUUGUUAAUCUGUUGUUAUUUAAUUUUUUAUUAUUUCAGGGAAGCUUAUUCUGAUUUCUGGGGGACUGAGUGGUUCUGUGGCCUUGUUCAAUGUGAGUGUCAAUACUGCAUGUUCAAGGGAGACAGAGGCUGCUGCUGCUUCCCACCUCCAGUUGGUUUAAGCACAAACAAAUCCAGAGUGUGGGGGAAGCAUCCAGUUGCUGUUCUGCUAGCAGCCAAGCUGGGAACUGAACGUGAUUUGAGCCAGAACUGGAUGUGGGGUGGGAAAGAAAAAAAGCUUCUACAGGCUUUUGAUCCAGUUCAAACCUGAUUGGCACGUUCAUAUUGAAUAAGAAGUAAUGGUUCGCUAAUACAGUGCAAAUUUAAAUCCUGCUUAUCCUGUUUAGGAAGGGCAAGGACAGUUUUUUGCACACUCUAGCUGGAUCAAAAUCUUAAGCUAUGUCAUGUUUCUUACUGGAUGAAAACUCACAGUCAAGUUAUGAAGCAAGAGACUGCUCUUUGGGGAAGGAGGAACGAAGGGAUCGCUUGACUUCACGCUGCUAGUCUCAAUAUUUGAGAUCAGCAUUUCAUGAUGCCAGCCCGCACAUGGUGCUCACCCCAGUUAGUCGCGUCCAACAGGUGCAGAUACAUUUCCAACCAAGUGGCAUGUGUAGCUGAGACAGAUAAGCUACUGCCUCUGUUCAUCUCGCUGCCGUAACAAGAGAUUUGUGGUUACAGGGUUGAUCCUGCUGAACUGUGGCUGCUGCCAGUCUCUCAGCUGCCUUUUCACCUUGGACUAAGUACAGCUCUUGCCUUUGAGCCCCUGUGCAGAGACUGGAUGUGCCACAGUGUCUGUUGGAGAUGCAAUAAGCACUGACAGUUGCUGCUGAAGUCAGAGAGCGACUUUAAUGUUCAAGGGCAGAACUUAAAGCACAGCACCACCCCUUAAAUGGGGUUGCAGAGGAAUCUUCAAAGCUUUUUUCUAAUCCUGCUUUUAAUUGUUUUCUGUAGCAUUACGUGAGAUGAUGUAUGCCAGAGCCACUGACAGAGCUGCUAAAGCAGUCUGUUCUGCAAGCUGCUCUUCUGUUGAAUGUUUUUUGUUGUUUAAAAGGCUCUUCUGUGCAAAUCAGCUCAUUCUAUAAUAGCUGAUUCUACUGUAAAAAUUAUGAAGUGGAAUAGCAGCAUCACAAAAUUGCUAGGAAGCAUCCCGAAUGUAUAAUAGCCCUGGUCUUGUGCAGAGGCAGUAGCAAUAUCUCUAUUAAAAAUGAUAAUAAUCAGCAUGUGAUGGUUACCAGCAGGUGGUUCUCAGUGUGCAUCAGGGGAAGUGGCAGACACCACAGCCUUAGGGAAGACAGUCUCAAGCUUAAUAUUUUUCUCUUAACCAGAGAAGUUCUGGUAACUAAUAUGACAGACUUUACAGACCUUCAACUCAACACCUGAAUUUAAAAGCUGCAGUUAGCCGGUUUCUGUAAUUUCACAACCAUACUUUCUUUUUUUAAAGCUUUAUCAUUUAAGCAGCGCUAGGAGAGACCUACCCAGCAGAGGCCGACUGAAAAAAUAAUGAAAGCGGUUAUGCACGAAGCCGAACAAGCCACAAAGUAAAACACGGCCAAAGCACGCACAGUACCUGAAACUGUAGCUCAGACGGUCCGAAAAAGCGUGGACUCCUCCUUUCUAGCGCUGGUAGUUCUGGUUGUCUCUCACAAGCACUGGAAUAUCUUUGCAAGGCACAGAUGUAAGUGGCCCGCCGCUUUUCCUUCUGUUUGUGUGCUGUGCUCGGAUCAUGCUGCCUCCGGCGCGUUCUCGGGCCUCGACCGAUGCUGUUGUGAAGCGCUCGAGGUGAGGAGCGCGGGCCGGGGAGCCCAAGAGCCCGGCGUGCCGUGUUUUCUCAGUCCGGUUUCGGGGCUAGAGCCUCGCUGCCUGCCCUAACGGGGCGGGCGAAGCGGUUGCACCCCGCCUGGUCUCACCGAUUCCUCCUGUGCCGCCCCGGCCCCGGGGGGGGGGGGACACGAUGUCCCCCUGCCUCCGGGCCAAGCGGUGCUCCAAGACCGCUCUAGGACGGCGCUGGCACCGCACCCCCAUUGCGGGUGCUGUGCCCCCCCCCCCCCCCAGCUCGUACCC